UCACAACAACCCUACAACGUUUCAUUUUCUCUUUACGCUUUCUGCAACAAACACACCAUUCUAUUGUUCAAUCCUUGUCUCAUCACAUUCUUCAUUCUUCUAAGUUCAAUCCUUUGCAAACAUCAACAACAACAAUGGGUGAAACAAAAGACACCCACAUAGUAGAAAUCCCUGUAGACCAAGAGCAUCACAAUAAUCACCACAAGAAUGUGUUGUGUUCCAUGACAAGCAACAUGAUUGAGGCCAUAGAGGACCACCCUCUAACCGAAAUCUCCGAAAGCCCGGGUCACCUCUUGCUCCUGAAGCUAUGGCAAAGAGAGGAAGAACUCUUUGCCAAACGCAUUGCUCACAAGGAGACUAGAAUGGACACCAUCAAAGCUGAACUCUUUCAACUCUCCUCAUUCUUCUUCAUCUUCCAUGCCUUCUUCCUAACCCUCCUUUUCACUUCUUGGACCAAGGCCCAACAACAGGCCCAACCCCACCAUAGCGUUUGUCACAAGUGGUGGCUUCCUUCCAUGGUGUCCCUUUGCACCUCCCUUGUGUUUGUGGUUCUUGUGCAAGUGAAGGUCCAUAGGUAUUGGAAGGUGUGGGGGCACUUGCAAAGGGAGAGGAAUGAUGGGAGGGCUGUGACAAGGUGCAUUCAGGAGUUGAGGAUGAAAGGGGCAAGCUUUGAUCUUUCUAAGGAGCCUAAUAGUAGUAGUAGUGUGAAGAGGAUGAAGAGCUCUAGUGUUGAGAUCAAGUGGAGGCCACUCACUUGGUGUUCUAAGAACUUGCUCACCUUUUCCCUUGUUUGCUUUACAGGUUUGGUGUUUCCUGCUUCCAAGCUUGUCCUCUGUGGCUUGUGAUCAUUGGAUCUAGCUCUCCUUGGAGCAUGGACUUUGAUGGCUCUUGCUGAGGGACUUGUUGUGCCUCUGCUGGGGAAUGAAGCAGAUUUGGUUCGAUAGAUUAGGUAGCCCUUUACAAUCAAGAUGUUAAUAAAAGAAGCCUCAGAUUUCAAUGCAAAGAUCAAAUUUUGCAAGGAGGGGGGCUGGAGCAUAUUUUAUACACAUACAUACGGGACCAUCUAUGGGAGACAAGGAGACACGUUUAUUAAGUUGAUUUUUUAUUUAUUUAUUGAUACAAGGUUUUGAUGAUUGUGUUGCUGAUUUGCUGAGUUGUUGAUGAGGUGUCUCAGAGUACGCCAUUGUCACUUGGAGAUCCUUCAAGAGCGUAAUUCUUUCUAUUCUGAAAGCAACACGGCUUGUUGUGUGCUCUUGAUAUCUACAAUGUUGGGAAUUCUAUCUAAAAUGCAGUUUAAACUGCGUGCUACUCCAAUUUUGAUUCUUUCUGUACUACCAUUUUUUGGAAUAUAUUGUGAAAUAAAAUAUGCAAUUCAUUUUUGGAA